UACGCACACACAUACACAGGGCAGGCAGGCAACAUGACUUCAUCCUACAAUCUGGAUUUUCUGCCCGAUAUGAUGGUGGAGAGCCGCCUGCUUGUUCCCGGGGACAGAAUUAACGGCACGGCCGGAAAAAUGAACGGGGCGCUGGAGCAUUCGGACCAGCCGGACCCGGACGCCAUCAAGAUGUUUGUGGGCCAGAUCCCACGCUCCUGGUCAGAGAAGGAGCUGAAGGAGCUGUUCGAACCAUACGGAGCUGUGUACCAGAUCAACAUCCUCCGAGAUCGCAGCCAAAACCCUCCACAGAGCAAAGGCUGCUGUUUUGUCACGUUUUACACAAGGAAAGCUGCCCUUGAAGCUCAGAAUGCACUGCAUAACAUAAAGACCUUAACAGGGAUGCACCACCCUAUUCAGAUGAAACCUGCAGACAGUGAGAAAUCUAAUGCAGUGGAAGACAGGAAGUUGUUCAUCGGCAUGGUGUCGAAGAAGUGCAACGAGAACGACAUCCGGGUCAUGUUCUCUGCGUUCGGACAGAUCGAGGAGUGCCGGAUCCUCCGAGGGCCCGACGGCCUCAGCAGAGGAUGUGCGUUUGUCACGUUUUCCACCAGAGCUAUGGCACAGAAUGCAAUCAAAGCCAUGCACCAGUCUCAGACUAUGGAGGGCUGCUCGUCUCCCAUCGUGGUGAAGUUUGCCGACACGCAGAAGGACAAGGAGCAGCGGCGUCUGCAGCAGCAGCUGGCGCAGCAGAUGCAGCAGCUCAACAGUGCGACCACCUGGGGGAGCCUGACGGGCCUGGGCGGCCUCACUCCGCAGUAUUUGGCUGUAAGGAGAGUCGCCGAGUCGCCCACCUCCAUCACCUCCUCCACAACCCCUUACUGCAUCCCCGCGGCCAGCUCAGCAGCAUUGCUUCAGCAAGCAGCCUCCUCUGGUAACCUAGGAGCCUUCAGCGGGAUCCAGCAGAUGGCCGGUAUGAGUGCUCUGCAGUUGCAGAACCUGGCCACUUUAGCGGCAGCAGCGGCGGCGGCCCAAAACUCAGCCAGCCCCUCCACCGCAAACCCCCUGUCCUCCAACGCCGCCUCCCUGGGAGCGUUGGCCAGCCCAGCAGCGGGUACCACAGCCAGCUCCAACGCCGGCGCCAUGAACUCUCUGACCUCUCUGGGCACCCUGCAGGGCCUGGCAGGAGCAACUGUGGGCCUGAACAACAUUAAUGCACUAGCAGGUAUGGCGGCUCUAAAUGGAGGCCUGGGCGGCGCAGGGCUUACCAACGGGACGGCGGGCACCAUGGACGCGCUGACGCAGGCUUACUCAGGGAUCCAGCAGUACGCCGCCGCAGCGCUGCCCACCCUCUACAGCCAGUCCCUGCUGCAGCAGCAAGGGGCUGCCGGCAGCCAGAAAGAGGGUCCCGAAGGUGCCAACCUGUUCAUCUACCACCUGCCCCAGGAGUUUGGAGACCAGGACAUACUGCAGAUGUUCAUGCCUUUCGGAAAUGUGGUCUCUGCCAAAGUCUUCAUCGACAAACAGACAAACCUUAGCAAGUGCUUCGGCUUCGUCAGCUACGACAAUCCAGUGUCGGCACAGGCAGCCAUCCAGGCCAUGAACGGCUUCCAGAUUGGCAUGAAGCGGCUGAAGGUGCAGCUGAAACGCUCCAAGAACGACAGCAAACCGUACUGAUCUUAGCACUAGGGUCUAUCUGCUCCCCAUGUUAGCACUGCUAGGAACAACCCAUCUCCAUGCCUGUUAGCUCAUCGUUUGCCUAGCAUGUCUCCGUGGUGUCGAAAAACAAAACAAAAACAAAAAAAAUUCCCACCAAAAAAAAAAAAAACUGUCAUCGUCCUCCUCCUCCUCCUCCCCCGUCAUUGUUUUUUCUGAUGUCUUUUCCGAGCUCACCUGAUCAUAACCUGGUUCUCCUCCUCCGCCGCCGCCUACUGACCUUUUGAACUUUGAACUUUUAGCUUUUUUGGACUUUGGUUUUUAUGAUUUUUCUUUUAAUUUUUUUUUUUUUGGUCUUUUUUUUUGUGUUUUUUGUUCUUUUGC